GCAUUUCGCUUCCUUUAGCAGCCAAAGCUCUUCCGAGAAUCUGCAAAGGGACCACGGCCAAGUGGAGGGGGAGGAUCCUCCCACGCCGGGUAGGGAGGUGGAUAGGGGUGGGGGGCAGCUGCGGCGGGAGCGGGAGGCCUAGAGGGGGCGUUGCGCGCGCGAGCGAAGGGCGCAGAGGCCGGGUAGGGCGACCUGCUGCGUGGCCUCCAGCCCCGGGCGCCCCCCGCCCCGCGCGUCUCCCAGGCGCGCGAGGCCCCCGCCCCAGCUCCGCCCCGCCCCUCGCGCGGGGUCCGCGUCUGCGGCUGCGUUCCCCGAAAGACGAAGCUGCGCCCCGGUUCCGGUCCGCAGGGAGACCGAAGGGCAUCGCUCCCCGCGCCGCGCCCGCUGCUGAGCCCGGAGUGCGGACACCCCAGGGAUGCCUGCGCCCCAGAGGACCCCUGCCUGCAGCCCCCGCGCCUCUCUCAGGCCCUCUCAGAGCAUGCUGCCUGCAGCCAUGAAGAGCCUCGGCCUGGCACUGCUGGCCUUGCUGCUGUGCCCCUCGCCGGCCCAUGGCCUGUGGUGCCAGGACUGCACCCUGGCCAAUUCCAGCCAUUGCGCCCCGAAGCAGUGCCAGCCGACCGACACCGUUUGUGCCAGCGUGCGGAUCACCGACCCCAGCAGCAGCAGGAAGGAUCAUUCUGUGAACAAGAUGUGCGCUUCCUCCUGCGACUUCGUUAAGCGGCACUUUUUCUCAGACUAUCUGAUGGGGUUCAUUAACUCUGGGAUCUUAAAAGUCGACGUGGACUGCUGCGAGAAAGAUUUGUGCAACGGGGCAGCAGCAGCGGCGGGGCGCAGCCCCUGGGCCCUGGCUGGGGGGCUCCUGCUGAGCCUGGGGCCCGCUCUCCUCUGGGCUGGGCCCUGAGGCCCCUCCCUCCCCCCUCCCUCCCUCCUGCAGGGCUUUGGAGCUUGUCCCCUGAGACUCCUGCUGCCCCUCCCCAGCCUGGCCUGGCUAGGGCUGAGACAGCAAGGUCUUGGUAUCAAGGUCUGUGGCUCUCCACCUCCCUAGAUGUGAGCCUUCUCCAUUUCUCCACCAGCUCCAUAUCCCAGGCAGCUGGACAUCUCCAGGAGACCAGACAUCCUGGCAGGAAGCUGGGGUGGGGGGGGGAGGGGGAGGGCAGGGGACUGGGACCCUCCAGGUCCCCAAGGGGAGGGAGGCUAAGCCCGGGGCAGCCCAACAGCCUGGCCUGAGGGGCAUUAACUACAGAGAAAUAAAGUCACUUCUGAGUCUUGUG